GUUAUAAACAGCCAAGCAAUCGAGCGAAGUCUGCACUCUGCAAACUGAAACAAACACAUUCAUAUAGAGUAAGAGAGAGACGCAGAGAAAUGGAGAAGACGAGAGUAAUUUUCGCUGUCACGUUACUCUGCUUAUUAUUACCUGAGCUAAAUGUGGUAACCAAUGCUCAAGAUGGUGCAGCAACUGAACCAAUCACCCCUGCUUUGUUCAUCUUUGGUGACUCUUUGAUAGAUAAUGGAAACAACAACUACUUGUUCACGGCAGCAAAGGCCAAUUACUUCCCUUAUGGGAUAGACACUGGAGGUCCGUCAGGCCGGUUCAGCAACGGCUUAACUGUCGUAGAUUAUGGAGCGCGGUAUCUGGGAUUGCCAUAUAUACCACCAUACUUCUCGAUUACAACAUUUGGCAAGAACAUCCUUAGAGGAAUCAACUACGCAUCAGCAGCAGCAGGGAUACUUGAUGAGACUGGAAGGCAUUAUGGGCAGCGGACAUCCUUGAAUGGGCAGAUAUCCCAAUUUCAGGAGACACUUUCACUGAAAUUGCCAAUGCUUUUCCGAAACCAGGAGGAACUAAGCCAAUAUCUCGCAAAGUCGGUCUUUCUAAUCGACAUUGGAGGCAAUGACUACCUCAACAACUAUCUGCAACCUCAGAGAUAUGACAGCAGUCGUAUCUACGACGGGGAAUCCUUCGCUGAUCUCCUCAUGAGUACACUUACUUCCCAGAUAACAAGACUAUACAACCUAGGUGCAAGAAAAAUGGCGCUGGUUGGAUCGGGUCCCCUCGGAUGUAUACCUUCUUUCUUAUCUAAGUCAAGGGACAACAGCUGUGUAGAAAGUGUCAAUAACUUGAUGGUUACAUUCAAUAGCCGUCUAAUUCAAAUGACAAAUACACUUAACCAAAGCCUUCCAGGUUCUUACUUUGUCUAUCAGAAUAUUUACGAUCUCUUCAACGACAUGACCCACAAUCCUUCUAAAUAUGGGUUUUCUGAAGCAACCAAAGCCUGCUGCGGGAAUGGAAAAGCGGGAGGGGAAGUCACCUGUCUUCCUUUGCAGCAACCAUGUCCAGACAGAAAUAAGUAUGUCUUCUGGGAUUCUUUCCACCCAACCCAAGCUGUAAAUGCAAUCAUAGCACGCAGAGGCUACAGCCAGUACGCCACUGACUGCAUUCCAAUCAGCAUCUAUCAGUUAGCACAACUAUAAGUUCAUGAAGCUCAAUGUAGUCACUCACUCCUAUAAACCCUCUCUAUCAUAGCAUUAUGUUAGCUUAUUAUUUAAGCAAGGAAUUUGCAUUGCAUUGUUCUCUUAUGUAAUAAAACAUUGAAAGUAGAAAUGACACCAAAGCAAUUAUUA